UUUUGUGAUGGGCGUCUCUGUAACCGGUAGACCCGCCUGUGAGUGAGUGAGCUGAUGACUGUUUAUGACGGCGGUCGGGUGGUCACACGUCACCGGUGGAGCGACACCUGUCAGUCCGUGGCCCUCACCACUGCCCUCCGCCCUCCCUCCGCCCGCCGCCCGCCGUCCGCCGUAUGUACCGCACCGCUCGCUCAGUAGCGGUCCGGCGCUGAGCGGCGACGGGCGGAGUGCUGACGUUAGCCGCGGGUGGACUGUGGUCGGCGUGUCGGUGUGACGGGUGGACCGUGGACGAACCGGACUGUGUGAUCCACCGUGACGGGUGACGACCGCGGUGUGGCGACUGUGACGACCGUGUGACGGAUCACAGCGGUGACGAGUGGCGUCUGUGAGCUGUGAGGCAGGGAAAAUAGUGUGGUUCUCUCGGGAGCACUCAAAAGUCCGCGACAAGUCGACGAAAGUGCAGCUCGUGGUGGUGUGUGACGGGAAGGAGUGAGUUGAAAUUCACGGUGUACACUGCAGAGUCAAUAAGGUCACAGCACGAAGAUGACCUCAUCUCGUCGCGGCUCGACGGCCGAGGGCCGGCCGCGGCCCGGCCUCGACCAGCUGGCCGUGCCCGGUCAGGAGGGCAGCUCAUGGACGCGCCGCCGAUCGGACGCCGUGGCUCUGGGGGACGACCUGAUGGACCAGUUGACGGUGCCGCAGGCGCGCUGGGCACGCCGGCCGUCGGCGGUGGAGGUUAUUGACGACAGCGUGGCCGGUCAGCUGGUGGUGCCGAUCUAUGAGGAGGAGGACGCCAGCUCGGACGGGAGGCACUCGGUGGCGUCCCGGGUCACGGACGAUAAGCCGCCGGCCGCCGGCCAGGCAGUGGCCAUCGGUAAUAGGUCCACUGAUGCCGGCUCUGAUGACGGCAGUGACGAGACUGACGCCAGCGAGGAAGACGUCAUGGACAGCAGUGACGUGUGCCGGCUGACGUCAGUCCUAUCGCGACUCGGCAUCGCUACAGACCUGGCCACGCUCUGGAGGAUGCCUUACAUGUGUCACAAGUACGGCGUGAGUUUCUUUGUUGUGUACCUGUUCCUCACAAUACUGAUCGGACUGCCGGCAUUCUACAUGGAGUUCGCUCUCGGACAGUUUUCCAGUCGAAGCGCUAUUCACGUCUGGAAGUUCGCGCCCAUCUUUGCUGGGUUCGGUUUCGCGAUGGUGCUGCUGUCGUUUCUGAUCGCCGUCUACGGCAGUGUGGUGGUAGCGUGGUCCAUGCUUUACCUGUUCUCGUCCAUGAAUAAAGAGGUGCCGUGGCAGAGGUGCAAGCCGGAGUGGCACAUUGAAAACUGCACCGAAGUUUAUACUGAUAAGAUUAUCGUAGAUGGCAACAUUACGGUGCUAUCAGCGGCUGCGGAAGGCGCCUCCGGGGGCCUCACAGGCAUCUCAGCGACUUUGGCCAGCUACCCGGCGCAACUGAUCGUCUCUUCCGAGGCCUUCUUUUGGUACGACGUGGCCGACCGCGCCUGUCCUGAAGACGAGAUCUGUUAUCACAACUGGCGCCUUGUUCUCUGUCUACUGGUUAUCUGGUGUUUUAUCUGUUUCUCGUUCACACGCAAAGUCAACUACAAAUCGAAGGUCCUGAACACGCUGACCGCCCUGCUGGCUGUGUUCGUGGUGGUCAUCAUCUCUGUGGGCGUGCUGGAGGAGGGUGACGGCGCCUACCGCGGCCUCAGCUACCUGUUCAGCUUCUCCUGGGACUGCCUCGGACACUCAGAGAUCUGGCUGGACGCGUUCGGGCAGCUGGUGCUCUCGUUCGGCGUCUGCACAGGCAGCGUGAUCUGCUUCGGCAGCCGGCACCGCUUCAGGCACAACCUGCGCAGAGACAUGCUGGUCAUCUUCACCAUCAAGAUGGUGGCGGCGGUGGUGAUCACCCUGGCGGCCUUUAUCAUACUGGGCUUCCUGGCCCAGCGACUGGACGAGGAUGUCGCCGAUGUCAUCCAAAAUGGCCCGGAGCUGCUGAUGGUGGUGGCCAGCCAGGCGAUGCUGCUGCUGCCGGCGCCGCCCUUCUGGUCGGCACUGUUCUUCCUGCUCCUGGCCGUCAUCGGCCACCACUACCUCUGCUUCUGGGUGGAGCCGGUGCUGCGCGCUCCGUUCGAGCUGCGCUUCGAUCGCUGGCGCAGGAAGCGGCUCCAAGUGGUGAUCGGCUGCUGCCUUCUGAUGAUGGGAGCCGGACUGGCACUGGUCGGGUCGCACGGCGUGGACCUGAUCUGCGCUCUGGACCGGCACCUGCUGACCUGGGGCCCGCUGCUGGUCGGAGCGGUAGAGAGUAUCGCGCUCUGCUGGGUAUACGGCGUACAGAGGUGGGCUGGGAACAUGGAGGUCAUGCUGGGAAACGGCCCGUCAGUCUGGUGGACAUACUGCUGGAAAUUCGUCAUCCCAGUAGUGCAUAUGAUACUGCUAGUGUUUGGUAUAGCCGACUACGCGGUGCCGCGGUACGGCGGCGACACGCUGCCUCUCUGGGUGAACGUGGUGGCGGGUCUGGUGGGGAUGGCGCCCCUCCUGGUGGCGUUCAUACUCCUUACCCUGGACGCCAUCCGGCCACUCAAAAAUGGACAGACCUCUCUGUGGCAGCCGGACGCCAGCUGGGGCCCUGCCAAGGAGCAGCACCGCUGGGAGACCUACGGCGUCACCUUCGUCGCCCCCGAGCCCAUCCUGAUGGUGCACGUGGACUCGAUCCUGAAGCCGGAGAUGUACGGUGGCAUCCCGCACGGCUUCUACCUGCACCCCAGCGCCAAGGACGCCGAGGCCAGCGACGUGCUCCGGCAGCAGGAGGAGCUGCGCAAGGCGCUGCAGCGCAGACUGAUGAUGCGGAAGCAGAUGGAGUCCGUCUCCAAGUCGGUGGUCAUCAAGGAGUGCACCACGUCCUCGGAGAGCGAGUCACAGAGCACGGUGUCGUCUUCGAGCAGCUACGGCGGCGACCCGGGUCUGGGGAGACGGAAGUCGAUCUUGGUGCAGGCGGCGCUGCUCCGCCGCCGUCUGGAGAGCAGUCUGUCCCGCCUCGGCUCCGAUGCCGCCAUCGGCACCGGCCAGACGGACGCGCAGCGGAGAUCCAGCAGCGUGGACCCGGCGCCCCGGCUGGCCUCCAUAUCCGACCCCGCUGUGCCGCUGGACCCGAGUCGACUGCGGACUGUCACUGAGUCGGAGGAGAGCGGGUGUGACAAUGAUGGUUACGAGCACACGCGGCGCACCUCGCAGCUGUGAGAGGGAGGAGUGAGAGGAUAGGAAGAGGGAGAGAGGGGGAGAGGAGAGUGUCUCCCUCUGCAGCGCGGGUGAGGAAGAACCCGUCUCGAUGUCGAGAGAUUCUUGAUCGGCUGUGCCAGAGAAAAUCUGGUACCGAGAGAGACCAAGAUGAGAGUCGAUGCCAACGAAGCAGGGUCAUCAGUACUUAUAGAGUGAUGGUCACAUACCUCUUACUGAUCCAGCUAACAUUCCAGAAUAUGAGAGCACCGAACUGUUGGAAAAGACUGUGGUGACUAUCGGUGAGCUAAGGAGCUAAAGAGGUGUCUUUGACCGUUCAAACGAUGACGAGAAUGUUUUUAUCGUCUAGCAAUGCGAUCGCUCGGUGAGCAGCAGGCUAAGGAUCCUGUCGCCCAGAACGAGAAACGGAAUGUAAACUGCCCGAGAAAGACAAGCGAUGCAUUACAAGAACUGAUAAAUAUUGUGUUAUUGCGUGUGUUUUGUAGCGUACGAGUGAUGAAAUGUCAUCUGACAAGCCGUGUCCAUGACCAUAAUAUAUGUAAUUAUG